AUGCAAAAUCUUCAAUUCACAGUGCUAAAAUCGGCUCGAAUCGACGUUGGCGCCAAUGGGGCAAAGGAAAGAGAUUUCUAUCGGAAUUGGAUUCGAACAAAACUUGAUUUCUGUGAAGCGAUCACUCUUUGGGAUUGUCUCCCAUUGGACACGUUUUCAGGGUUAAAGGGAUUGAAACGUUUGACUCUUGAUAGCUGCCGAUUUCUUCGUCGAUUACCGGAGAUUCUCGAGAAAGGACUUCCGAAUGAAAAUCCCGGGUUCACCAUUCAGUUUUCCACCUACUUUGACACUCAGAUGGUCGGCGAGAUGUUCGAGAACGAUGAGAGAGGAGUGAUCGAAGAAGAUGAGCUCCGUUUUCAGCAUUUAUACGAGCCGUUUAAGCGGUCAACUUUUCAGGGAUUCCACAGUUGCUCAAGUUAUCGAAAGUGGCUCGAUGAUGGGAAAUAUUUGGCGUUUUUUGGGGCUCUAGUAUCGGAUGAUCCGGUGAACGAGAGACCGCCUGGGUCGGUCUUCUUAGCGAAACUCCUCGAAUCUGGCGAUAAAUCGGAAAAA